UGUCCCCAUACUUCGACGAGGACGAACUCAGCCCGAGAUGGGUCCCCUACCAGAGGACCGGCUGGAGGCCAACGGAUGGCCCUUUAAGUUCACUGGUUUGGACUAUUUUGGACCGCUAUUUGUGACGGUUGGACGACGCACGGAGAAGAGGUGGGUGGCUGCUCACGAUUUGUCCACCGAUUCCUGUAUAAUCGCCAUGAGAAACUUUAUGUGCCGACGUGGACCCGUCGUCAGGAUUAGGAGCGAUAAUGGGAAGAACUUCGUUGGAGCCGACCGCGAAGCCAGGAGGUUCAGCGAAGUGUUCGAGCCUGCACAGAUCCAGGGCGAGCUGUCGUCCAAAGGAGUCGAAUGGGUCUUCAAUUGCCCGGCGAACCCAGCUGAGGGUGGCGCCUGGGAAAGGAUGGUGCAGUGUGUGAAGAAGGUGCUGGCGCACACAAUGAAAGAACUUGCGCCCAAGGAGCACGUACUGGAGAACCUGCUGAUUGAGGCGGAGAGCAUAGUGAACUCUCGUCCGCUCACUCAUCUACCAGUGACGGUGGACCAGGAGGCUCCACUGACACCCAACGAUUUGCUGAAGGGAGCACCCGAUCUUCCAGACCUUCCCAAGGAUGACGGACAGGAGGUCGUGAGAUGCGCUACCAGGAAGCAGUGGCGCAUAGCGAGGAUGAUGCGGGACCGUUUCUGGAAGAGAUGGGUGCAUGAGUACCUGCCUACACUUGUGCGCAGGGAGAGAUGGUGCAAGCACGUCGAGCCAAUUCGCCGAGGAGACCUGGUGUUCAUCUGUGAUCCUGCCAUACCACGAAGGGAGUGGAAACGAGGCGUCGUGGAAGAGGUGUUCACCGGAAGAGAUGGAGUACCUCGUCGAGCGGCAGUGCGGACUAACGAUCGAGCCAAGACUAUAAUGCGUCCCGCUUCGAAGUUAGCUGUCCUGGAUGUGGUGAAUGCGGCUGCUUCACGGGGGUGGGGAUGUCGCGGAACGGAUUAGGUUAUCGAUAGUUAGUUAAGUUUAAAUUAAGCGCCACAGUAUUUUUGUAUCGAUAGCUUUGGUAUUUUAAGUUUAGAUUAUUUGGUCCCACGAAAAAAAGGUAAACAGAGGGAAACAAUUGGCGGAACCAGCAAAUAAGACCGAUUUGCGCCAUCACGAAAGAGGGAAGAGAAACUGCGAAUAAAACCGAUCAAAAAGCACAGAACUCCAACUGUUGUCCAGCACUAGUGCUUGAAGUGUUUAAAGGCAUUCCCCGUGAUCGGCCAAGCGGCGACAAUGGUGUUAAAGUUUUUCGCGCAAAAUAUUUCGAAUGACAAGAAAAUAUUAGUGAAUCAUAACCAAUAUCGAAUAUGCGUAAUUUCGAACUCUAGCAACAGCAGAGGGCCGGCAGAAUUACUUCGCCUACUUUUUUUUGACGUUCGAAGGGCAAACCUUAUUGAAUUGUUUUUGUUUUUCGAACGAAAUUUAACAUUACGGCCGGAAAAGGCGGUGCCAGGAAUUUCAGUACUGCUGGGAGUAAAUAGCAAUAUAUUGAAACAAACCACACGUACUCAAAUGUGUGCGUUUAUUUCGCAGCUUAGAGAGCUGAGCUGAGAGAAAACAUAGAUUUCUUUAAAAAAAUUGCAUAAACAUACUUGAAGAACAAUUUCUGAAAUUUUCAAAAAGAAAUAUUAAGCAGUCAGUCAUUGAGACGUCAUUUCUGGUGAGCCCUCGGAAAAAAGUGCUUUCGCGUUGACAGCACAAUUCCCGACAAAAUCAUGACAAAUGAAAAAACUAAACAUUUCCUUGUGAACUGAAAAAAUUCAAAUAUUAGUGAAAUUCGUUAAAAUUUUUUUUUUUAAAUAGUUGUGAUACUUCGUUUAAGUUCUCGAGAAUCGAAUCCCGAAGGCCUGUGCAAAAUUUGAUCAAGAUCGGUUGAGUAGUUCCGAGAAAUCUUGUCAACCGACUUUGAAAACAUAGUUUUGAGAAAAACGCGUUUAAAGUGUGCGCUCUGCACCUGACCUCGAGCGUCCACCUUUUCAAGGAAGUAUCUCCGAAACUUUUAUUCGAAUCGACUUGAAAAUUUUGGACAAUAUUCUCGAAACUCUGUAUAAAUUUAUAAGACAAUAAAAAAAAUCUAUUUUUUUGAAGCUACCAAACCCACCUAACCAUUUUACUCAAAGGGGGUGAAAAUUUCUCCAAAAAUAAAGGUAAUGAAUGAAAUAAAAAAC